AUGUCCAACUUCCCAAUCCAAGCUGCUGAAGCUCAAAAAGAAACCAAUAUCAUUAAUGUUAUAUCUCAAAUGAAAGCACUCACAAGAUGCGCAAACACUGCUAAGGCAUAUGACAAUAGAAGGCAAAAAUACUUGGAUUACUGUGCAAGAAUCUGUCAUACCUCCAGUGCAUUGGUUACUGAGACAAAAUUGCUUGAUUUUCUUCAGCAAGAUGUCGUUCUGUUUGGCAACAGACAAAGAGCAAGACGUGGCAAGUUUAGACCCAAUGGCAGCCCUUACCCACUCAGUCCCUCUUCAAUUGAUCAAUAUAUUAAAGCAGUUGUUGAUCUUCAUACUGAUCAAAAGUUCUUCAUAGUUGGCAUCAACCUGCAAGAUCCUCGUGGAACUCUAUUGAAGUUGUAUUUGCGUUCUCUCAGACUUCAAGAGGCUGACAGACUUCGUCAAUCAUACUAA